UUCUACUUCCGAUUCAAUAUGUGGAACGCUGGCGUCGCAUCUUGGCUGUUUUUUACCAAAGUAUUGAAGAAGUUAAGCAAAGGUCACUUGGUGUUAAGUCGGAACUUGCAGAGACCCUGCCCCAACUCGCUGCUGCUGAGCCAGGCGGACGCAGUGGACGUGGCUUCAUACGAGGAACGAAUGCAGGUGAAGGCAGAACUCAACUUACAGCAUCAGGGCAUUGAUAACGAGCUGCCUAUCCUGGGCGACCCCAAGGCCACGUACUAUUUGAAUAACUGCUUAAAGAGCUUCCUUCUGAUCUGCGCCUUGACCAUUGUUUGCUUCAUCUCUUUGGCGCUGGUGCGGCGCUACCUGAAGGAUCUGCUGCUAUGGGUGGAGAGCUUGGACAGCUUGGUAGGGGCUUUGCUCUUUAUCGUGGGUUUCAUCGCCGUCUCGUUCCCCUGCAGCUGGGGUUACAUCGUGCUAAACGUGGCAGCCGGUUACCUGUAUGGCUUCCUGCUGGGUUUGGGGCUUGUGGUGAUCGGCGUAUUGAUUGGGACGUUCAUCGCUCACUUGGUUUGUAAGCGGCUGCUGACUGCGUGGGUGUCCGCCAAAGUACGAGCGAACGAUCAACUGAGCGCCGUGGUCAGAGUGGUGGAAGGAGGUAGCGGACUGAAGGUGGUGGCUUUAGCCAGACUCACUCCCAUUCCCUUCGGACUGCAGAAUGCAGUGUUCUCGAUUACCAAUUUGUCUCUUCCAAAUUACCUUGUUGCAUCUUCAGUUGGACUGCUCCCUACCCAGCUAUUGAAUUCUUAUUUAGGAACAACUUUGCGCACAAUGGAAGAUGUCAUUGCUGAACAAAAUGUUAGUGGAUAUUUAAUAUUCAGUCUUCAGAUAUGCAUCAGUGUUGGAUUGAUGUUUUAUGUUGUGCACAGGGCACACACUGAAUUGGAUGCAGCCAUUCUAGCCUGCCAGAUGGAGCUGAAGACUUCGUUGAUCAAAGGUGGUCACCCAAAUGGAGCCAGCUUGACAUUCUGUAAUAAGAGGACUUCAGCACUGACAAGUGGCGGAAUUAAUAUUGUGUGAAUGAAAAUUGUACACAUGGAAGUGUAAACCUGUCAGUACUAAUUUAGGUUGUUAGAGGCUAAUGCCUAAGUGUUAUACUUCAGUAGGUAUGGCUUCACACAACUGCUUUAACAGUGCAGAAAGUAAAAGAAUGGUAUUGAUACCUAAAAUAGAAAGAUUCUAAUGAAAACCAUUCAUGGUGGAGUAUAGUUGCUGGAAAAAACAAGUGAGAGAUCAUCUUGAUAAAAAAAAAUCAAAAAUAGUAAUAAAUUGGUAACUGAACCCCAUAUUCUGUUCAGCUGUCAUUUUUUUUGAGUUGUGUAAGGAUACAGGAUUUAACAACUGGCUUUCUCACUAAAGAGGUAAGGAAAUUUGCCUCUGGUCUCUUGGACUGUUGUUAAUGGAAGUCAUUUUCCAAACCAAAAUUAUGCAAAGUGGUGUAGUUUUGGAAGUGCAAAAUUUUGCACUCUUGUACACUUGGCAUUGCAGUGUAUCGAGUAACGUGGUCUCUCACAGAUGCCUGAGUGUCAAAGGGGAGGAGAAAAGAACAAAAAUGCUUUGUAGAUCUGGAGAAUGAAAUGAACUGUAAAAGGAUGCAUAGAUUACAACAAUAGACUUUAACUUCACUACAUUAUCAUCCUCCUAGGCUACCCUUUUUGAUUGAUUCCUCUUUGGUGGGUUCUGAGGAUAAUGUGCAACCUACAGAAUCUGCCAAAGGUACUAGAAGGUAAAGCACUUCUACCAUUUUUCUUGAGCAUCUGUUCUUGAUGUUAUUCUAAAUGCUUUUUCUCUAUUUUAAGUGACAUGGGCAGGGAUUCCAAGAGUUGGUGAAGCUGUUACAGUUUCAAAUUCUUAAAACUCCUCUUCAGUUUGUUUAGUUUUGUUUUGAUAAGGCAGAGCUCAUAUACCUCUGUGUUGGAAUCUGGUGUUGAUCAUGCGAACAAUGUGGCCUGUCAUUAAAGCAACACAAAUGUAAGCAGACCCUCAAUGUUGCUGUUGUUGACUGGGAGAGGACUGUGACAUUGGUUUGCUUCUUCUGCCAAUAUACUUGAUGAAUUUUAAGGCAGUGUUGGAUGAUGCCUCUUCACGCUGUGGCUUAGAAAGAUGUAGGAAACAGGAAUCACUACUACCUGUUAGACUAACCAUAGUGCCACAUUUGAGAACUGAUCUUCUCAGGUGGCCAAAAGCUGUGCUCAUGCACUAAAGGCCAAGAUAUAUUAAGUCACUCAUGUGUACCUUUGCUGAUAGCUGACUCCCUGAUGAAUAGUCCAUUUUUUUCCAGCAUAGCGAAACUUUAUUGUCAGAGAGCAAAAUAGUUCAGGAAGGAUAUGCUGAUAGAGGACCUUUGCUUUAAAGAUGAAUGAACCAAGUUAUCAUUCUUUGCAACUCAUGCAUUAUAUCUUGAAAUGGUAAUUGUUACCUGUCCACAAUCAUGUAUUUCAAUAUAUUCUCUCAAUCAAUCAUAACCAACUCUCCUCAUGCCUUGAUUGGUGCCUUAGCUCAGGUUUACGCCCUAGUUUUGUAUUGAAAUAGAUUAUUUUAAAAAUUACUGACAACCCUUCAUAUCACCAUCACUCUUUUCCAAGACCCCUUAUAAUAACAAGUUUUAUCAAUUAAUGCUUUUUAUUCCACAACACAAGAUCUAAGAUGAACUUUCCCAAUUAGUUUCUCAACAUGCUGAUCUAGAAAAGUAUCUCUUAUAAAUUCCAUUAAUUUGUCUUCCACCUUAUUACAGCAAAUCUGAUUUGAUGUGUUUGCGUUUCAGUUAUAAAAUGUCCCAUGCUUAUUGCAUUACCUGUCACAUGCACCUCUAAUUUCCUGAUUUACGACACGUGCAAUAUCACAACUACUAUUUCAUCAUUACAGCUACAUUUUUCUAUUUCUUAACUUGGCCCAAAUCGAUUUCAGUUUGCAUCACGAUCUGUCAGCGAAGAUCUUUUCUCACCACUGAGAUGAUCUCCAUUUUUAAUUGUAUCGCAAGUUUACCCUUUAGCCUUGCAACUUCUAUAUGACAGAAACCUUGGGUAUUUAAUUUCAAAUUUUGGUCACUCUGCAGCCAAGCUUCCAUUGAGACAAAGUCAUCAUAUAUCCAUGUUUAUUUUGAUUUAAGCCAUUAAUUCAUUUAUAUAGUUGCAACAGCUCCAAGUAUUCAGAUAUUGUAUCUUUAAUUUUAUUACUUUAAUAGCUUCCCCGCUGCUCAAAUUUGUUUUUGCAGCAUAAUUUGCUUACUAUUCUGAAGUUUCCUUCCAGCUUUAUUUCUCUCCUUUAGACCUUCCUAUCUCCCUGCUAAGCAAACACUCCAAGUAAUUGGGAAAGCUAACAAAUUUAUCACCUUUGGCUGGGAGAAUUGAAUGCAAAAGUAUGCUUUAGUUAUAUAGAGCUUGGUGGGAACGCAAUUGGAGUGCUGUAUUUUUAAUGAGUCUCCUCAUUUAAGGAUGCGAAUGUGCUACAAGUUUGGAGAAAGUUUUCUACAUUCGUCUCUGGAAUGGAUGGGUUGUCUUGUGAGGAAUAGCAACAUAGAGCAUGCUUGCAUUUGUUGGAAUUUAGACGAUUGAGAGGAACCUUGAUAGAAUAUGUAGAUGUAAGGAUGUUUCAUUUAGUGAGUGAAUUUAGAUCUGUUUAAAAUAAGAAGUUGCCCAUUUAAGGUUGGAUGGAUGAAAUAUUUUCUGAGAAUCAUCUGUUUGGAACUCUUCCCAAAGGGCAUUGGAAUCUGUGCCUUUAAAUAUUUUUUUAAGGUAGAAGUAGAUUUACUAAGCAACAAAAAUGGAUGGGUUGAAAGGAAUGCAUUGUUAAAAUUGCAUCAGAUUAGCUAUGAUCUUUUUAAAUUAUGCAGCACGUCUAAUGAGGUCAUCUGAUGACUCCUGUUGCUAAUUAAUGAUUUCUAUUAUAGAUUUAUUUUUUAUGGUUUCUCAGUCAGGCCGUGAAAUAAUUUAUCAAAUACCACUCUCUGGAUCAGGAGUAUUGCUAUAAGGUCUUGUGCUUUUCUUGGAAAAUUCUGAUUAUAACAAAAUAAUGCUUCAAGAUUUUUAGGAUGAGGAUUCCUCCAAAAUUAAUAUCUUCUGCUAUCUUUUUGCAUCUAGGAGCAUGAAGUUACUUAGAAGCAGCAACUUGCAUUUGCUGACCCUUCAGGGUCAUACUUGGCCUGAUCUGUUGUUGUUAAGGUUGGACCAUAUGCACUAAUGACCAUAGCAUGUUGGUUUUGUGCUAGGGCCAGAAGCAAGUGUCACUUUUCCCACGGGGGGAGUCACUCGGACUAGAUUGUUCUUAGCAGCAAAAACCAUUCUGUUGAAGAUAGUGCUCCCUUUUCUGUUUGCCCUACUUAAGCUGUGCUUUGAGCUGGUUAUUUCCUGUCCAUUAUGUUUCACCUCAAGUUGGUGACAUCAUUGUAAAGCAUGAAAUAUCUUUGGUCACGGAAAAAGGAGCAACAUUUGGAUCAUCACUGGUAAUGUUGUCCAUAAUGUUCAGAAUCUAUUGAGAGUGAAGGUUACCUGACUAUGAUAUUUUAGUGUGGGAUGGUCACUGCAUACCAACAGACUGGAUUUAACAGAUGGAGAUCUUGAUCUGCGGUUACUAGCUCCAAAAUCUUAGGCAAGGCUCUUUUGCAAGAAUUAUAGCACUGUUAUUAGGUGAAAGUGUGUACAAGUGCCUGUCAGUGUGUGUUCACAUGGAGGCAGGCUCACACAAAGAUGUCCUUGCCCAUUGCCAACUCCUUACUUUCUUUUCUACCUAUUCCUUGAGCCCUUUGUCUCUGAAUUUCCUUACAUUCCAUGUCCACAGCCCUGUAAUCUUCUCCCUCUCAAUCCGUCUUUCUCUUUCACCUAGUCACUAGGGUCUCUACAUUUCUUGAACUCGCUUCCCUUCUACCACUUUCCUGUAACCCACUACUCUAACUACUCCCUGUGUAUCUUCUCCCAUGUCCAAUAGUCCCCCAUCACUCUUCAGCCCUAUCAAGCAAUCAAAGUAUCUUUCUUGAGAUUGGUUAAACUUUGCACAUUGUUUUGCUGACCAAGUAAGCUCCAUCUUUAAAUUUAUUUCUAUAAUUGAAUUGCAUCUUUCUAAAUGAGGAGUAGCCCAAAUGACCAUGGUACAUGGAACAUGCACUUUAGUUAUAUAUACAGUAUUUUAAUAUUAUACUAUAGAUUCCUAAAGGUUGGCAACAGCAAUGAUCUCUAAGUACAAGUUCACAUUGUUAUUCAACUGUUGAAGCAGUUAUUAUUGAAUUAGGUUAAUAUACUAUUUUCUAAAUAAAUUAUUCUGCACAAUGUAGUUAACAUAUUAGUCUAGAGACAUUUAUCUAUUAAUGGUUAUCCAUUUGAACCAGAUCGGAGUGGGAACAUGAUACACGUGAUCAUUCUCCCUCCUGUUCAUCAAAACAAAAAAAUAAAAAUGCAAUCACAAAGUAAUGUUUUUUUUUGACCUAUGCCAGUUUGCAUGGGUUCAAGAUGUACCAUGCAUUUUCAAAAGUGUGUGUGUGUUUGUGAGCAGGUGAAUGGUUUUGAAGCUUGCCUAAAACUAAUGAGUUGUACAUGUUAAUUUCCUAAAGCUUUUUGUUACUGUACUAUGUGAAUGUUUUAGUAGUAAGGGGUUAAUUUUGAUGUAUUAAUCACCAUAUCUUGUAAGUAUAAUCCCUUCAUUAUGAAAGAGGUCUGCCAAUUCUCAGCGGCAUGUCCACUUCUGCAAGGAUGCUUGUACCCAGCAUUUGAAAUUAGUUGUUGAAAUACUAAUACAUCAAAACUAGAUUCUUGUUGCCAAAAAAAUCUUCACACAAGUAGACAGUGAAAUUUGAAAAAAAAAAAUCCUGUCCAUAAGAAGCUAAUUACUUGACGGGCCAACUAUUUUCCUCAAAUGGGUUUUCAGAUAUCGUGUGAUGUUUGAAGUUUUGUUUAAAUUGACAGGAUGGGAAAUAUUUCAUGUUAGUUUUGCAUCCCAUAUGAGACAAAAUACAGGUAAUGGCUCAUUUUAGUUUCAGAACCAUUACUUUAAACAGCAAAUUUAAUACCAAAUGUGUUAAUGAAUGCCAUAUUAAAUAUCAGAUGCUACAAGUUUUCUGAACAGAUACUUCAAAUAAAGGUUUUUUUUUGUUGCUCUGGGUCAGGCUGUUUCUCCUGGUGGUGAUUUAAUAGCCACUUUAUUUACAGUUCAUAAUGUAAUGAUAUUUUUAUGUUGAAACAUAUUUUCAGUUUACAACUACCAUUAGUACUUUUUAUUAUAACUUGGAUGCAUAAUGGGUAUUGGAAUUGAUAAGCAUGCUAUUCUAGCUCAAUUAGCUGCACAUGAAUUUAUUUUUAUUUGACAUGUACAUUACAUUUGGCAAUUGAACCAUUCAGAGUUUUUUCAAAAUUUACUCAGGAUUGUGUGGCAAAACUAAACAGUGGUAGUGAAUGCCUGAAGUAAAAUGUACUGUGUAGUUGCGAAAAUAUAUUUUAGGAAUAACUUGAAUCCUGUUAUAAUGGGCAUUCUGGAUUUGUAUCAUUCUGAUCUGAAUUGCGAUAAGAGAGUAAAACAUAUAUCUGGUUAUGCUUUGUAAAUUGGGGGUGCAGAUGUCAUCAGUUAAGUAAAUUUGAAAACCAUGUAUUAAGUGUAUGCUUUUUCAAAAUGUUCUUAAAAUCUUAUUUUGCAUUUGAACCAGAUCAUCAAUAAGCUAAUCAAUGAGGUAUACAUCCUCUCUAAAGAAUGUUUAGUUGUAUUAAGUUUUAAAAAAGCACACUAUAAAGAAAUAUAUUUUUACCUAGUUUCCUGUUUGCCUCUAUCAGUGAAACGGGUAUGGAACCAAUAUAGCUGAGAAUUUGAAAUGUUGAUUACAUGUUUUUUUAUUGUAAACAAAUGUAAAUUAUAGCUGUGACUUCUCUUAAUAAACAAAGUUGAAUUUAUGCAAAAAGUUAUCUAACUUUUGAGUGGCAAUCUCACUAUGAUGGACAAUUUGAUGUAUGUAAAUUGAAUCACCAUUUAUAUUUGUUGGAAAAGUAUUAAGGUUUUAAAAUUUGAAUUCUGCUUGCUGAAACCUUCGUAUAUUGGUGCAAGGCAAUAAUGUUUAAUAGUGAAAAUAUAAUGUAUGCAGUAUAUAGAGUUUCCAAUAAUCAGCUGCAGACAGUUGCUUGAUAAAUUUGUAGAAGUGUCAUCUUAGUUGUUUAAAGUUUUGUGUGAAUAACUUGCAUCAAGGCUUUGAUACUUAUGAACUUUACAUUCACAAUGCCAGUAUGGAAUCACAAGAAUAAAAAGCAUAUAGAAGUUUAAAUUGUAUUAUAUAUUCUAAAUAGUGGUUCCAAUUCCAUAAUGUUUCUCAAAUGGCAGUUUCAAUACUCCCCUUAUUGUUAUGACUUGUUUUUUGUGCUCCAUGAACUUCUCCAGAUUGAAGUUCUGCUCCAGAGGUAGAUAGUAAAAAAAAUCUAGGCUGAAAAUCUAGUACUUGGAGGUGCCCUCUUUGAAUAAACCAAAAGUGAUCCUAGACAAUAUAAGGUGGCUGUGUUUGAACAUAGGACAUAGAAUAGUACAGGCCCUUCAGCCCACAAUGUUGUGCCGACCCUUAAACCCUGCCUCCCAUAUAACCCCCCCCCCCCCCACCAUAAAUUCCUCCAUAUACCUGUCUAGCAGUCUCUCAAAUUUCACUAGUGUUUCUGCCUCCACCACUGACUCAGGCAGUGCAUUCCACGCACCAACCACUCUGAGUAAAAAACCUUCUUAUAAUAUCCCUCUUGAACUUCCCUCCCCUUACCUUAAAGCCAUGUCCUCUUGUAUUGUUUGGCAGUUCUAUGUAACUGCUAUGUGUUUUGCUUUACUUAUUACAAUAGUGGAUAACCUUCAAAAGAUUCUUCAAUGACUAAAGAACUUUGGCAUGUCCUGAGAUUCUGAAAGGUGUAUAAGUGCAAGUUUUCUUUCUUCCCUACCUCUUUACACCCUUCAACACAAACUGACCCCAUUGUAUCAUUGCUCUAGGUGUCUAAAACUUUGUGUCAAAACAAUUGCAUUACUAUGCACUAAAAUUGAAAUUUUUGUUUACUAUGAAGUGCAUUUUUUCAGCUGUAUUGAUGUCAAAAUUUUAAAAUGUACUAUAGCUGUUUUAAUAAAUGACUUGAAAGUGA